AUGAACAAAGUAGUGAAACGGGGAAAUCUGAAAAGAACCGACUUCAUGACAACGAUUUCAGACAGGAAGAUCAUCAACAACAUGGUCCACUACAAGAUGGAGCAAGGUAACAAGACUCGUUACUGGGCGCUGGAUGAGAUUCAAAACCUUGGAGAAGUAGUCCGAUACGAGGCAUCUCUCCGGGAGUACCCGUCCGACGAAGAAGAGCUUCAAGACUUUCCCGAAAAUCAACCGGUCGUAGAACAGAAGAAGAUUUCUGAAGACACUACCAAGGAGUUUGAGUACUCUUCCUCUAAUUCCUCGAAUCGCAGCUCGCCGAAAAGGAAGCGAUCGGCAAAGAUCUCGCCCGAGUUCGACUACACAGAAGAAGACGAGCAAUCCGACGAGGAACCUGUCAAACCGCCGGUCGAUAUGACCGAAUGGGAAGUGGAUGAAAUCAUCGACAAGCGUCGCUGGGGACGAGGCUUCCAAUACAAAGUCAUCUGGAAGUACUGGCCACGCAAGUCAGCUACUUGGGAGCCUUCGCGAAAUUUGACCAACUGCGACGAAAAAAUCCAAGAGUUCGAAAGAAAACUCGCCGAACUCGAAUAA